CUGGGAAUUUGACUUGGAAUUGAAUUAGUUUGGCUGUAUUAUUUUCAGAAGGCUUUGCCAAAUAGCAGUACACACAGUUCAUCAUUUGGACGCGUCACGGCAGUCGAAGCCGCGUCAGCUACGCUAUUACAUCCCAUAUCCAACUACCAUGAACACCAUCUUACAGCGUUACUCAAGGCCAAAUAUAGGAGGUCUCUCCAAAUCAACUGUCGAUGAGGACAAUGAUUUCUCUGAUGCAAUGUGGGGCUCUGAGGCUGGCUUUGGCACCCUGGCAAAGGGAGUGCCAGGCUUCGUUGUUCCAUCUGUUCCAGACCCUGCCGCAUUCUUGAGGCUACACACCGAUGAUCAUGCAGACCCAUCAUGCAGAAUUAAAAUCCAGCAUGGAACAACCACACUUGCAUUUAGAUUCCAAGGCGGCGUAAUCGUAGCUGUUGACUCACGUGCUACAGCUGGAAGCUACGUUGCAUCUGGAACCGUCAAGAAGGUCAUUGAGAUCAACCCUUACUUGUUGGGUACGAUGGCUGGCGGUGCUGCUGAUUGUCAGUUCUGGGAAACAUAUCUUGGCAUGCAUUGUCGAUUGCAUGAACUCAGAAACCGAGAACGGAUAUCAGUGUCAGCUGCUAGCAAGUACUUGAGCAACCUUGUAUAUAGCUAUAAGGGAAUGGGUUUGAGUAUGGGUACGAUGAUCUGUGGCUGGGACAAGACCGGACCGGCAGUAUUCUACGUUGACUCUGACGGCACGCGGUUGAAAGGCGAUUUGUUCUCGGUGGGUUCGGGAAGCACAUUUGCCUAUGGUGUCUUAGAUCAGGGAUAUCGGUGGGAUCUCACAGACGAGGAAGCACAAGAAUUAGGACGGCGAAGUAUCUAUGCCGCUGGACACCGAGAUGCGUUCUCAGGUAACACUUGCAACCUCUACCACGUGAAGGAGGAUGGUUGGAAGUUCAUCGGAAAUUACGAUAUCACGAAACUGCACUAUGAAGGACCAGGAAACGUUGCCGGCUCACCUGGUCAUGGUUAUGGCUAUGAUCUGCGUGCAGAAGGACGCAGUUCAGCCAACCCUCCUGAAGUCCCAGCACAGGCGUGAUGUUUUACUGUAUAGAUAGAUGUGUAUCCGUAGUAAAAGUCAAACGCAGUGUCUCCAUCUUCCAAAGCUUGACAGUGUAUUACAUUCGUAUGCAUAUGAGUGUUUCUCGGGACAUUGAAUCAACUCUCAAUCUGACAAUAUGUAUACUUGGAGUUAACUUAUUGUUGUGACUUCUA